CUCCAUCUCUGUCUCCAGCCGAAGAACCACCAGAGAAGGGCUGAUCACAACAAACCGCAACCAUGAACGGCACGGAGGGACCCUUCUUCUAUAUCCCUAUGCUCAACACCACCGGCAUCGUCCGGAGCCCUUAUGAAUACCCUCAGUACUACCUAGUCAACCCUGCAGCGUAUGCCGCUCUGGGCGCCUACAUGUUCUUUCUUAUCCUGACGGGCUUCCCUAUCAACUUCCUCACACUCUAUGUCACCAUCGAACACAAGAAGCUGCGGACCCCUCUAAACUAUAUCCUGCUCAACCUGGCGGUAGCUGACCUCUUCAUGGUGUUUGGAGGAUUCACCACAACUAUGUAUACCUCAAUGCAUGGCUACUUCGUUCUUGGACGCCUUGGCUGCAACAUAGAGGGUUUCUUUGCCACUCUGGGUGGUGAGAUUGCUCUGUGGUCUUUGGUAGUCCUGGCUAUUGAGAGGUGGGUGGUUGUCUGCAAACCCAUCAGCAACUUCCGCUUUGGGGAGAACCAUGCCAUCAUGGGGGUGGCCUUCACCUGGGUGAUGGCUGCUUCCUGUGCUGUGCCCCCCCUGGUGGGCUGGUCCCGGUACAUCCCUGAGGGCAUGCAGUGCUCAUGUGGAGUCGACUACUAUACCCGCGCUGAGGGCUUCAACAAUGAGUCCUUUGUGAUCUACAUGUUUAUUGUUCACUUCCUUAUCCCUCUUUUUGUGAUUUUCUUCUGCUAUGGCCGCCUGCUGUGUGCGGUCAAAGAGGCCGCCGCUGCCCAGCAGGAAUCCGAGACCACCCAGAGAGCAGAGCGUGAGGUCACCCGCAUGGUCAUCAUCAUGGUCAUCGCCUUCCUGGUGUCUUGGCUGCCAUAUGCUAGCGUGGCCUGGUGGAUUUUCACACACCAGGGCUCUGAGUUCGGGCCCCUCUUCAUGACCCUGCCCGCCUUCUUUGCCAAGAGCUCCUCCAUCUACAACCCUUUGAUCUACAUCUUCAUGAACAAGCAGUUUCGCCACUGCAUGAUCACCACGUUGUGCUGCGGAAAGAACCCCUUCGAAGAGGAGGAGGGCGCCUCCACCACCAAGACUGAGGCAUCCUCAGUGUCCUCCAGCUCCGUGUCUCCAGCAUAAGACCUGGCCCUCACUCACCACAACGACCAGUCCACGAAGACGACUCCCCUGGGAAAUCACCAAAGUCUAUUCACUUCCAAUUUUUGUAUUUUUACAAAUGAGCUGGUUCAACCCAAAGACAGUACCAGGAAAGGUCCGCCCUUAACAGAGUUGUUCUUGUAUGUACAGAUAUCCAACUUUACUAUCUGAGAUUUUGUCCUGAAAGAAAGAGGAGAAAUCUUUACAGUUGGAUCCUAAAUGUUACUGGCUUAUUUUUAACUGUAGAGGCAUGUAAUCAAGGCAAUGUAAAAUAAAAGGCACUUUGCAAAUGGCAAAUCCUGUUUAUGUUUUACUUCUCGUUUGGCGAGGUAUUACCAAUGACUGUAGUAAUAUUUAAUCAAAUCAAUAAAUGUGAAUGACUUACUCAGAA